GGCGGAGCGCAGCGGAGGAGCCUUAAGUCCGCCCCGGUAACCCAGACUCCCGGCCCGUUUGCCUAUCAGUCUUAUCCUAGCCGGCCGGAAAGCCAGCCGCAGACCAGGGAAAGAGUGCAAGAUUGCCGGAGGAGUCCGGGAUCGGCGCCCUUGCCUCGGCUUUUCCAACUGCCGCCGCCAGGACCCGGGGCCAGGAGCCGCCGCGGAGCCACCUGAUACCUUUAAAUAGCACCGGGGCUGGCGAAACUGGAGCCCCGCGCUGCGCGCCCCGGCUCCGGCCCCGGAUUGCUGGAAGCCCCGGCAGCAGUGGCGGCGCCGGCGUCAGCGCUCUUCUCCGUGGGCCCCGAGCGUCUAAGCCUGCCUCAGCCACCGCGCUAAUCAGUCCGGUGCCCAGCCCGCGCCCUGCCCGGCGCGGCCUCCUUGCCGCCGCCUGCCCGCACCGGCCGGCACCCGAGUUGCCCGCGGGCUGGGUCCCCGCGGCCCAAGCCGCCCCAGCGGGGCCCCCAAACGAGGCCGAGAUGACUUCCAAAGAGGACGGCAAGGCGGUGCCGGGGGAGGAGCGGCGGCGCAGCCCGCUGGACCACCUGCCACCGCCCGCCAACUCGAACAAGCCACUGACGCCGUUCAGUAUUGAGGACAUCCUCAACAAACCGUCUGUGCGGAGAAGUUACUCGCUGUGCGGGGCGGCGCACCUGCUGGCCGCCGCGGACAAGCACGCGCCGGGCGGCUUGCCCCUGGCGGGCCGCGCGCUACUCUCGCAGACCUCGCCUCUGUGCGCGCUGGAGGAGCUCGCCAGCAAGACCUUUAAGGGGCUCGAGGUCAGCGUCCUGCAGGCAGCGGAAGGCCGCGAUGGGAUGACCAUCUUUGGACAGCGGCAGACCCCCAAGAAGCGGCGAAAGUCCCGCACAGCCUUCACCAAUCACCAGAUUUACGAGUUGGAAAAGCGCUUCCUAUACCAGAAGUAUCUGUCCCCAGCAGAUCGCGACCAAAUCGCGCAGCAGUUGGGCCUCACCAACGCACAGGUCAUCACCUGGUUCCAGAAUCGGCGCGCCAAGCUCAAGCGGGAUCUGGAGGAGAUGAAGGCCGACGUGGAGUCCGCCAAGAAACUGGGCCCCAGCGGGCAGAUGGACAUCGUGGCGCUGGCAGAACUGGAGCAGAACUCGGAGGCCGCAGGCGGCGGUGGCGGUGGCUGUGGCAGGGCCAAGUCGAGGCCGGGUUCUCCUGCACUCCCCCCAGGCGCCCCGCAGGCCCCGGGCGCCGGGCCCUUGCAGCUCUCGCCCGCCUCUCCGCUCACGGACCAGAGGGCCAGCAGCCAGGACUGCUCGGAGGAUGAGGAAGACGAAGAGAUCGACGUGGACGAUUGAGCGGCGCCUUGUAUCUUCCGCCGCCCUGGGCCCCUAGCGCCUGCACACCCGCCGCCUCCCGGACAGGACCGCCGAGGGGAGCUGGGACCUCCUCUGCAACUCCCGCCUCCUCCCUUGUCCCCGGGCCCGGACUCGGCUCCCAGCAGCCGUCUCUUCCCUCUCGAAGCAAUAAACCCGGGCUGGCCGCCGGGCGGGCUACCAUACGCGGCCUCCGCCGCCCCGGGAGCCCUCGCCGUGCAAUUCUGUAUGGCUUCUGUAUAGAUAUUUAAACCUAUAUAGCAGGUUCUUCCCACCGCAGCCUGGGUUUUUCCUUUCUUUUAUUUUUUUAAAUCUCAGAGAUUUCGAUGUUUUCAGAGCUCUCAGGCUGCCGGGUUGGCUGAGGGCGAGGCAGAAUCCAGAGCGGUGAACACUAACCCGCGAUCUAGAAAAGGGGGUAGCUCCGGCUGUUUUGAUUUUUCUCUGCAUGUGGCGAAUGCACCAGUCAACUCCCUCCUCGCCUCCCUGGGCCGUUUGCAGUUGACUUCUUUUAUUUCCUUCUGCCCUUUUUUUCCCUGCGUGGGAAGGGGGUAAGGGAGGCAGCCGGUUCCUGACUUGCAAGUUUCAAAAUCGAUUUUACCUCCCCCCCCCCCGCGAGAAAAGUCUGUUUUCGAUGCCAUUUCUGCCUCCCAAUGCCCACUGAUGCUAUUUUAAAGAUUCCUCCCUCUCUCGCAUUUUCUCGGACAGAUUGCUGGAGUCCAGCUCUUAGGGACAAAGUAGGGGGACAUAGAACCAACAACCAACCAUCGAAAACAGAACCCAAAGCCCUAGAAUUAUUUUUUACUCUUUUUAGAAUUUUUUUGCAUGUGACAGAGACAGAGAGGAGGCCGACCCAAGCCCUCACCCCACUUCCUCUGCAGCUCUGGGUCUGUCUUGCCGUCUCCAACACCCAGAUCCCAGUUCCACUUGGCCAGACAAGGAUGGCCCGUUGAGUGUGGGUCCCGCGUGCUCCUCCCCUGCUCCUGCCCUGCCCUCUCCUCUGCGGACUGUACCCAAGGCCUCUUUCUCCGAUAAAUAAAGUCUUUGCCAUUUUA